ACUAGUUGAAUUAAUUAUUCAAGUUAUAUAUAAUUGGAGUUUGAUUAAAAUGAUUCUAAUAUUCUAAUUACAUAAAUAUAUAGAAUGCACGCGCGCGGAAUACAAAAAAGAUUUAAAAGUGUACUUGAUACCAAAAUUUAUUUAAUGCGUUGCAGAAACAGUAAAACUAAAACACAAAAACAUCAAUGAUGGCAGAGAUGAAAAAAUACCUGAGGAACUGUGUGAUUCGCAUAGAGGAGGCCAAGCCUGCACCUUUUGUGCAACCAGCACAAAAGCUGCAUGUGUUCCUAGCUGAUAUAGAACAGCUUAUUGAAGAUGUACCUGAGGAAUGUGUGAUUUGCAUAGAAGUGGCCAAGCCUGCAGCUUUUGUGCAACCAGCACAUACGAUCUUAACUGAUAUACCUAUAGAAGAAGAAGAGCUUCUCACAGCUGCAGUGUGCUGGAUACUUGGAAGUAGACCUAAAAUAAUACCGCUACGAGUGGUAAAUGGAUGAGACUUAUAAAGCGUGCAGUGGCAAACUUUGUGUCAGAUCAAUUGCUGAUAUUUCUCGGCAUGGCAGGUAUAAUAACACUAGUAAAAAGACCGACAGCAAAUAUUGAGUACCUCUUAAAACAAUGGCAAAUGAUAUGUGCUACAAUGAGCAUAGACAUCUUCGCAUCAAGAGGUGCUGUGCCUCCUUCAUAAGUUUAUAAUUGCAUUAAAAACAUAGCUUAAAAACAUAACCUGGACAUAUACACAGUUAUCUGUGAAUAUAAAACUAUUCGGCCUGAUAUUUAGGGAGCCCAAAAAGGAUACAUCAGCCAUCAUAAAUGUGUACUAAGUCAGAUAAAAAUGGUACUGAAAAAUUUUGGGUUGAAAUCAGUAAAUGUGAUGUAUAACUUUAUAACGUUUUAUAGUGCGUUUAUAGCACAUCAGGCCAUGAAUUUCAAAUGCACAAUAGAAGAUGUAAAAGAAAUGCAUGGUUCUAUAUAUCCAUACAUAUGUGUAUUAACUCUGACAAGUGCAGAACGAUUAAAUCAUAGACUUUAUCCUGAUCUGUUCUAUGCAGUAGUUAAGAUGCAAUUUAUAACAAAAACUUAGAACCAAAGAGCAGAUUAUAAAUGGCAAAUAUGCAGCCCACAAUCUCAAAAGCGCUAAUAGAUAGGAUGGCAAAAAGAUCGUUAAACGAAGUGCUGGAUAUAGAUUACGACGACGAUCGAGGUCUCCCCAGCCAGAGAUGCUGGGAACCGAGGAGAGGAUAGCGAUAGGCGGCAAAGUAUCCAAUCAUCUUAUUUAAAUUGUAAUAGAAAUUGGUGUUAAAUGCAUUAAUUAAACUCGCGACCAGCAACGUAUGAGCAUGUAAGAUAAUCAAAAUAUAAAUCGAGCUCAUGGGAAUUUUAACUGACUAUCUUAUCAUAAAACGCAACGCGCGCAGCGCUAAUAAUUGAGCGGAAUAAUUAGGUUCGCAAGAAUAACGAGACGGAGAAGGAUAACAUUAUCGUCAUUAUACCGCAUCCCACUGAUACUCACACGGAUAACAGAUAGGAUUCAAUAUUACCAAAAGGAUUCUAAAGAUGAAGAUGCUAGCUUUGGCGAUGACGAUAAUGAUGUCGAUGAAGAAGAGGGAGAAGGAUGAUUAAGGAGUUGAUUGAGUACGAUGGAAGGUCGCCAGACAGCUAGGUUGAAGAAACUUUAAAGAAGAAAUAAAAGACAGAAAGAGAAAGAGAGAGAGAGAGAGAGAGAGAGAGAGAGCUUAAUAAAAUUGUGAAAAACUAAUUAAACUAAAUCAUAAGAAGAACGUUCAUCUAGGAACCAUUAUACGGAUUAUUUGUGAAAAAUAUGUCUCUGAACAAAGUAUCUAUUGCCACGCAACUCUAAAGGAUUACCGGCAAACGCUUCCUCGCUCGAUUGAAGAAAGAAAAUUAAAGAAGAAGAAGAAGAGGAAGAGAAAACACGACGGGGAGUCCAAGACCGUGGCGAAGAGGAGGUGGGAGCACACGGGCCCCACGAGUUGCUUUUGCUCCGUUCCAGCUCCCGCGCCGAAAGCCAGGCCGCCGGGGGUCCGUUCCAGUCUUGUUUCAGUCAUCCUCACGUACGCGUAGACGCACCGCGGAGGAGGCGUUCGCAGUUGCUCGUUUAUAUCCUCUUCGUGCCGUCGUCACGCAACCCCCGACGCGCUACGCUAACGAUCGCGCUUGUUACAUCGGCGGGCGCAGUGAUAUAUAUAUAUAUAUACAUAUAUAUAUAUAUAUAUAGUCAAUAUAUACGGACGCAGGUGAAGCAGGAAAUCGACUUGACGGAGGAGGCCGCGUGGCCAGCAAAGCGGAAAUAAUGCGCGGAAGUCGUGGGACGAUCCUCGUCCUGUGCACGAUGAUUAAUUGCCUGAGACUAACCUCAUCCUCACCCACUUCGACAAGUGUGCGACUUGGCGAUGAAUGCAACCGAGAUCGGGACUGCGAGGCUGGCAUCGCUAAUAGCCACUGCCACUUGGGUUAUUGCCGGUGUCAGCCCUUCUUCGCCGACUACAAUGACACUCAAUGUCUUGAAUCAACUCUAUUGGGCAAUGAUUGUCUCGUAAAGGAACAAUGCUCCCUGAAAGUGGCAAACAGUAGCUGCCUCGAGGGCGUAUGCAGGUGUGAGGAGGGACACUUGCAGUUCCGCAGACAUACUUGUCUGGGACCGGCGAAACUCGGCGAGGUGUGUUACGAGCACGCUCACUGUCGUCUUUGGGAUCCCGAGUCGCAUUGUGAUUUUCUUAUUCCGGAUUUAUUCGGCCGCUGCCAAUGUACCGCGCCGAUGCGCCGCGAAGGGAACGCGUGUCGACUUGACAGUCUCGUGAGACCCGCGCCUCUUCCGGGGCACCUGCCUCUCCCUCAGGAGUCGACAAUAGAAGACGUCACCGGGAGCGAGCGCGAUAAGGAAACUGGCACCGAGGAACAAAAAGACGAGACUCAAGGGGAGCAAGAUACAGGCGUUCAAAUAUCCUGGCUGAAAAACGCAACGAUGCUCCUGUCGACGGAAGCUCCCAGUCAAUUGAUACCGGUAAAUCUGGUGACCAGGCCGUCAUUGAACUUGAGACCCGGGACCAACGAUCGCUUCGGACCGAACGAGCUCCCCGACGAUGACGAUGCCAUUGUUAUCGAAGCGGAAGUCACCGAGCCCACUCAUCUCAUGAUGACUUCGACGUUUGCACCAAUAAAGACGGAUCGUCACGAGAGCACGAUAAUGACGGCCGUCAGCCUGGGACUGGCGUGCCUCGCCGAUCUCGAGUGCCGUAUGGCCGAUCCGAUGUCACGUUGCAUCGACGGCGUGUGCGACUGCAGUUUCCCAACGAAUGGCAGUUGCAACGCGCGGCGGACCGGCUGCGCGCCGGGCACGUUCCAGUGCCGAUCGUCUGGCAGCUGCAUCAGCUGGUUCUUCGUCUGUGACGGCCGCGCCGAUUGCGCCGACGGUUCCGACGAGGAAUGCACCGGCCACCGCUGCCCGUUGCAGGCGUUCAGAUGCAACGAUAGCGACGUCUGCAUAUCGAGGUCUGGCCUCUGCGAUGGCAACCGCGACUGUCCUCGCGGCGAGGACGAAAUCGGCUGCAACAAUCGACGAAAAUGUCCCGAGGGUUCGUUCAGAUGUAACAACGGUCAGUGCCUGCCGGCGUACGAAUUCUGCAAUGCGGUGGUGUCCUGCAGGGACGGCAGCGACGAGCCCAGGGGUGCUUGCAGGACGCGAAAUCGCAGCCGGAUCGCCGCGAGAUUCUGCCCGUUCAGGUGCGAUAACGGCAGGUGUCGUUCUGACGCGAUAACCUGCAGCGGUCGGGACGGAUGUGGCGAUGGCUCUGACGAGAAACACUGCAACGUCUGCCGAUGCAGCGGAAGGAUUUAAUCUCGACCGGUCGGCCGAUCAUAUGUCGCGUCGCAUCGUCGGAUAGAAAGGAGAGAAGGAGAAGGAAGAGGAGCAAACUACUACCCGGCUCGCGUCGAUGGUUUCGCGAAAUAAGAUGUGCUCGAGUAGAAGGGCACGGAAAGUAAGUGUGACCAAAGAUCGUUAAGCCGUAUCGCGGCGCAACUUAAGCUUUCAACGCUCCGCGAUUUCGAGACUGAAAGCACUGUUUUUACUCGGGCCGGCUCUCUUACAGCACGAACGGGAAGAGAGAAUCACCUAUCGUCGCGCCUACCGCGCGAUCUCGCUCGUUAAACCGAACCGGUCCAGUGACCGACGUAGUGAGUCGCGCACUCGGGAAAGGAAUGAUUGCGCUCGUGUAAUAAUGGGACUUAAUCGCGUAUAAUGAUACCGUAAGAGACGGGGAUAAUUUGCGCCAAGGGAUAGUCCUGGUUGCUCCGUGACGAGUACAGCGUGCAUUCAGGAUUUAUCUUUUCGGAGUAUUCGAAUUCUAAGCAAAGUACCAUGUCCGAGGUCCUUAUUUUAAGGAAUAAAAUUGAUACUAUAAUCUAUAAGAUUUAGAUAAAAAAAGAUAUUAAUUUAUAUUAUUGAAUUAUUGUAAUAUUAUUCACGUUGUUAUCGGACGUGUGUGCUGAUUUGCCUAAAGCGUGAUAAGACAAGUGUGAAA